GCUGUGCUCAAACAAAAUCUUCCUGUUGUUAAAUUGCUGCUCGAGGCCGGCGCCGACCCAAGGCUUCCUUCGAGGGGUGGCUCCUCGCCGAUUGAUUCUUUAGAGGCCUGGUUUAAGCAGUAUGAGAUUCAUGGGGAUACGUGGGCAGAGGAGGAUUUAGAGCUCAAGCCGUUCUUUGAGAAGGCAUUAGAAGCCAUAGAGAGGGUCAGGGAUGAGCUCGAUGGUGAGUUUUGCACCGAUGCCUUGUUGUGGGCUCAUUAUUUGUUCGCUAACUCAAGGUGUAACUAG